AAGCAGGCACUUUCACACUGACACAACAAACGGCAAGAUCGCUUUGACGUGAACGCGUCGAGAGUAACGAGUAUAGAUAUUUCGUGAUUUUAACAUUUUUUUCAUUAUAAAAGACGAAAUUUGACGUUUAAGAAUUUGUAAGUGGAAGACAAAGAACAACAAUGGCCAAGUUCAGCUUCAAAGUAUAUUUGGUAGGCGAGGAUUCGUGGGCACCCACGGAAGUGCGCAGAUUUGGUAUUGAUGCCGAUGUCGCGACAAAUUUUGUGUAUUUGCAAGAAAAGCUGCGGAACAUUUUCCCGAAUCUACGAGGGAAAAACUUCAUCAUCACUUGGAAAGAUGAAGAGAACGAGACCAUUACAAUAUCGACUAAUGAGGAACUGGAAAUUGCUUUGACAGAAAUGUCAAUCAAGAAUGAUGUUUAUAAAUUUUACAUUAUACUGCAGUAUGAACGAGACUCGAUGGACAUGUCAAAGAUAGAGAAAAUAUUACAUCCUGGUGUAAUAUGCGAUGUUUGUGAUAAAGAUAUACACGGCUUUCGCUUUAAAUGUAUGCAAUGUCCAGAUUAUGAUCUAUGCACUGAGUGCAUGGCACACGGUAAUCAUCCAGAACAUUACAUGGUUCGUAUGACGGAACCAGUUGAAUGGUCAAGUUAUCAUGGUCGCCGUCUUGCUCAUCAUGUGCGGAAAUUUUUGAAGAAAGCAGCACAGCACAGCAAGGACGAAGAGCGCAAGUGUCCUUACAAAAGCAGCAAGCGAGGCAACUGUCCGCUGUACAACAUGUCAGGUGGUACAAUUGGCCCCUUUGAUCCCUUUUUUAUAAACCCUUUGGUGAAUUUUGUAAUGGACAUGUAUGUUGAUCCAUUAGACGAGUUCCAUGAGCAGAAACGGACCAGAGAGCAGCGUAGAGAGCCGUCUGCUGAGGCUGCUACUGAAGCAACAGAAGAUACACAGCAGGAGGCGAGCAGGCACAGUUUCUCGCAGCUGAUGAAGAUCUUUGAGGACAAUAUCUCCAACAUCUCUCAAUUUCUAGACCCGCUUGGCAUCAAUGUCACCAUGACUGACAUUGAUUCCACAAAAAAUAAACCUAAUAAUGAUACCCAAACAAAAUCUAAUGGGCAAAAAUCCGAAAAUCGCGCGUCUACGUCAUCUGAGGAAUCCGCUAAGAAAUUCCCAGGCGAGGGAAAGAAAUUGCGUGACGAUGUUGUAGGUACUGCAGAUGAGAAGGCCCCUGUGACCAACAAUUCUGCUACUUCAUCUGCACCGAAGGAAGUAGCAGCAACAGCAGCAGCAGUCGCAACUAAUGCUGAACAAGCAUCUGAAGCCGAAGAAUGGACAUUGGUGCAACGUGAAAGCUGCGAUAGCCAUGCAUCUUCCACUUCUUCUUUGAAUGGAGCUACGCCCAAACAGAAUCCUACACCAUCUGCGCCAGUAGCAACUUCAGCAGAAUCGAAAACAGAAUCGCCAAAGCAGAAUAUUUACCCAUCCUUACCUGCGGAAGUAAGAAAAGAAUUUUAUCAUCCGAAUCCCAAGAUCCAGCGCGCUGUCGAAGCGAUGAUGGCGAUGGGAUUCUCCAAUGAAAGUGGAUGGCUCACCCAUCUUUUGGUUUCAAAAGACGGUGAUAUUGGCAAAGCGCUAGACGUACUACAACCAGUAUCACGCAAUCAUUAACAAGGCCAAAACUUUGAUAGAUGCUAGUUUAAGAUAAUAUAUGAAACGGUAAAGGCAAAGGGUUAAUAGUAGGUUAAUAGUAGGUUAAUAGUGGAUGUUCUUAAUAGUUCCGGUGAAUUUAUAAUUAUUAUUCAUUAAUCACAUUUUAUAUACGUAUACUAUGAUUUUAUCUUGGAAAAUUUCAUUAAUAUUGAACUGUUUUUAAUUAACACUAACUUUUUAAUUAACACUAUCGAUAACACUUCUCUGCAUUAUUCUCUGCAUUAUUAAACUAAUAUUAUUGUAUAAAAAUUAAUAUAUUAUUCUAUUAUAGAGAAAAAAAAGCCAGAAAAAGCUUUUGAGUGUGCAUUAUAAAAUAUAUAUUAUUACACUUAUGUAUAAUUGCUCUUUAUGCUAAUAAAAUUGUCAUGAUACAA